AUGGACAUGACUGAUUUCGAGGAGCUCAUAGAUCUAAACAUAUAUUUUCUUUCUGACUCACAAAACAGUACGCAGGGACCUUUAAAUGACGUCCUAGACAAAAUGUGCGAAGCUAUGGACGAAAGAAAUUUAGCAAUAGACAAUAAUAUAAAAUAUAAUGGAAUAAGUAACAAUCCGAAAGAUCCACACGAAAACAUGACUGACGUGAACGAACUAGAAAGUAUUUCAGUACCUGCACGCCUUGUUAACGAUAGUGAAGAUAUAGAAAAUAAAGAUAAAAUAAAUAAUUGUAGUAAUACUAACACUUUUGAACAAAAAAAAUAUAAUAACAGGACUAAAGAAACAAUUACAAAUGGAGUCAUAGAAUUUGAAAGUAUUUUAGCAGCUACAUGCUUGAAAAACGGUUACAUGAAAGAUAAAACAAAUGAAAUAACCACUAACAAUGAAAACGAGGUUAACGAAAUAGUUGCAAAUGACGAAGUAAUCGAUUUGGAAGAAUUUGAAGACAUUUUAGAUACAAAUUGCUUUGGUAACGAUUGUAAAGAAGAUGAAAGUGCUAAUACAAAUGACAAAAACGGGUUAAGCCAAAUAGUUUCAAAUGACGAUUUAGAUGAAUUGAAAGUAAUUUUAGCAACUGAAUACUUAGAAAACAGUAAUUUAGAAGAAGUAGUAGAUAAAACUGACAAUACCAAUGUGACAAACGACGAAGUAAUUGAUUUAGACGAAUUUAUCAGUCAAAAUCUAUAUUUUGAUAAAGAUAGCACUGGAGUUGAAAAUUGUAACAGUAAUACUACAAGUCUCGAGCAGAAUUAUGAGACUAACAAUAUUGUACCAUAUGAAGUCCCAGUAAAGUUGGCAGUCGCAUCUAACAACAAAUUAGUAGCUGCAGAAAUAUGUGAGGAAAAAGAUAUAAAUUCUGAGGAUGGAUACAAUUCGUCAGAUUUCGAAUUUAUAACAGAAGAUGAAGCGUCGAAAGCCGGAUUAAUCAUCAAAAUUGAUAAAAUUACAAUCGACGAAAAUAAAUAUACACAAAAUAGGGCAGUAAAAAUACCUAACGAUAACAUUGGAAUAUCAAAUUCUCGCAAAAAUGAGGCAAGUCCAUUAGACUACAUAAAAUAUAGCAAAUAUCGAUACCGACGUUGCUACGCGCAGCGCAGCCCUGAACAGCACGUCAUACCCGAAGGUGAUCGGUAUUUGGACAUGUUCAGGGGCCAAUAUGCCCCCAUGGUACUCAAUAAUCUGUACAGUAUGGGGAAUAAAAAAUGUGUGCCUUGUGGACUAAUGAUUGCAGGGACUGAAGACCCCGGUGCAGAACUGUUGUUUCGCGCUCCGAAAGAUCAUGAUAAUUUUAAAAAAUAUAAAGGCGACGCCGAUGAAUGCCUUAAGAAGAUCCUUGCCACUUACCCCGCAGAUAAUAAAAGAAAGAAACGUAGAUAUUAG